CCUUGAGCCGAGCAAAGCCGGGACAGCUGCCCCUGCGAGCGGGCGCGCGCGUUCUCGGGAGCGCGGGAAACGGGGUGCGCGCUAUGGAGAGGCGGUUAGCUGAGUUCCGGGAGGCCCGGAAGCGCGCCGGGCUGGCGGCCGAACCCAGCACUUCGAGGCAGCGUGCACAAACCUCGGGAGAGAAGGCGGAAGCAGCUGCGACUCCAAAGGCAGCCCCAGGCUGGCUAAAACGGUUCCUGGUGUGGAAACUGAGGCCCGCGAGUGCCCAGGCCCAGCCCAACCUCGCUCAGGGAGCGGCUCGGCCUGGGGGCCGCGCGUCACAGCCACCGGGGAAUCCAGCCGAGCGUCCGCCGGCCCCGCCCCCGCAGGACCAGUCUCUCCUGACCAACAUCACCUUCUUGAAGGUGCUCCUCUGGUUGGUCCUGCUGGGACUGUUUGUGCAACUGGAAUUUGGCCUGGCCUAUUUUGUCCUGUCCCUCUUCUACUGGAUGUAUGUGGGGACACGAGGCCCCGAGGAGAAGACGGAGGGGGAGAAGAGCGCGUACUCCGUGUUCAACCCGGGCUGCGAGGCCAUCCAGGGUACCCUGACUGCCGAGCAGCUGGAGCGCGAGCUGCACUUGCGACCCCUGCAGGGGAGAUAGGACCAGCCCUGCUGUCGGCUGGCCUCCCAAGGUCCUUUCACCCCUGGGGCACCGACUUGUGGGUUUGACUAAGGACAGCUUGCGGGUCAGUUCUGUGACCCCGCAAUUCCACACUCUUUCCCCGAUCUCCUGCUGCAGUUUUAUAUCAGAAGUUCUUUUUGGUUUUGGUGAAACUCCCAGGAAGACAUUCACUGUGGGUCUGAUGCAAUUUAUAAAAAGAGAGACGCUUAAGAAAGGAGACCUGUUUGUCUCUUUAUUUGAGAGAGGUGAUUUUUAGAGCACUAAGAGGGCAUUGGGGAGAUAACUUUAAAAUACCCAGCUGUUUGAAGUAAUCGUUUGGUACAUCAAGACUGUAUAAAAGUCAUCCCUUGAGCUGAAGUUUCCUGUAGCUCAUAAAGAAGUCUUUUCUUCUGUGACUCCUGUGUGAACUGGACCUGUAGAAACAUUGGAGCAUUGGGUGGAUAAAGACUUGGAUCUCACUCUCAAAAAGCUGGAAAGAAGACAAGAGGCUUCACUGGACCGGGAGGUGGAAGUUGGCCUGGGUCCUAGCCCAGCUCAGCCACCAUCUGGCACUGUGACCUUGGGCAGAUCACCUCUGCAAGCUACCCUCCUCAAUUCUCUAGACCAGAGCAGAGCGAUCUCCAAGAUCUUUCCCCGCUCUGAGUCUCUGAGAACUCCACUGCUGUAGUCUUCAGCAUAAAUUGCAUUGAGGCAAUUGCAAAUCAGGAAAGUUGUUUUAAAGGGAAGGCAACUUUGCAUUGUAAGUGGUUUGUCUCAGUUCUGUGAUUUAGUGGCUCCAAAGAUUCAUAUGAAAAGAUGAGUUGACAUGAUUUAAGCCCCUUGCAAGUUCAGGGGGGAGCUGGCCAGAGUGCUGAACUCAGCCUCUCUUCAUGACAGUAAUGCGACCAGACUGCACAACUCACAAAACACCUAAUCCUGCGGGUCAGUGACAGUACCCCCAGGACAGAGGCAAGCAAGAGUGUUCUCAGCAAGCUCCAGACUUAUGGCCAGGCAUGGAAGCAGCUAGUGGGAUUUCUGAGUACAUUGCAUUCGAUAGUUCCCAGAUCUGUUAGAGUGCUGUAUUUAGCUUAGGAGAGUUUGGGAAUAGCCUUGGAGGGAGUACACUGCCACUCAAAUGAAUAUUAAUAGUGCAGGUCUUGGAGCAAAGAAAAUAUUUCUUCAAUUCAGCAUCUGGUAUGUAUCCGAUAAGGAAACCGUUCCUCGGUGUUAAAAGGCUUGGGGCAGGGGGGUGUGAUGAGCAUUCUGAAACCAGGAAUCAGUACCAACUGGAAAAAGAACUUACAGUGUAAACCAAAUGGUCUGAGCGUCCCAAGUGCCUAACUACCUUCUCCCAACAAUUCUUCCCCUCAAAAAUUUAUUUCUUGAAGAUAAUAUCAAUCGGUCCCUUUCUUUGUUGCUGUGUAGCGUAUUAAUGAUUCUCAAAUGUUUUCACUUUAUCCAAAAUGGAAACACUGGCACCAGAGCUGUAUUCCCCCCAAUCAACCCACCAGCACUUUUCUCCCCCCGCACUCGCCACCCCGGAGAGAAAAGCAAAUGCAAGAUGCCUGUCAGGGAGUUUGCCCUUAUUCUGGGGAAGCAGGACUGUCCUUGCCCCCACCUGUCUACAUUUUCUCAGUCUAGGAGGCAGUCUUCACAAAUCCUUUCUUUAGCCUGAGGUUCCACUUCCCUAUUAACAGAGACACAACACUUCACUGAAGCCAGAGUAUAAGAAAUUUUCUGCUUGAUGUGUUUUACGUCCCAUUAUUAUUUUCCCUGCACAUCGCAUGCCUUUCUGAGGGGCAGAGGAGAAUGUGUCUGGCACGAGGCUUUGGGGGAGGGUCCCCGCCACUCAAAAAGGAGGAGGGAAAGAUCAAUUCAUAAAGGAACUCAUCCAGAGAGUCUCCUUCUGCCCUCCCAGAAGGUCUGGACUCCCAAGAGUUCUCUUCUGCUCUGAGUUCCACAUCCAUGAACUCCAUCGCCAGCCUCUGCGGUACGGCUGUUCCCCUUUUGUCUCGGUCUCUGCAGUGGUGCUACAUGUCUGCUUUUCCCCUGUGGCUGGGGCAGGAUUGCUAGGUUUUCUCCCUGUAGCCUCCCUGAUGCUCAUUAUUUAUGGGAUGAGGCUGGAGGCAGGGCAAACAUUCAGUAGCUCAAAGCAUGGAUGAGUCAAAUCAUUAUCUAUCCCACAACCCCAAGCAACAUCAAAACCACCACAGUGACUUAGGACUUAGUGAUUUAGUAUGUAGUGGGAGAAAUCAGAGCUGCACAUGUGCACAUACAGACUGUUCACAGCAACAGAGAAAAAUGAGCAAAGUACAUACAUGCUCCCAAGUGGGGGAAUUUCAAAGGGCAGGGGAAGCCCGCCUGCACGGUCACAGUGGGGACUGGUAGAGUCCCCAGAAGAGUCUCUUCUUGGUCACAUCCCCUAAAGUUAAGAGGGCGCACCCAAACACCCAUGCGAGAUACAUUAUCUGUUCACAAGUAAAAAGCACGUCCAUGGAGAGGUGGAGGCACUCUCUCUCUGCCUUCCGGGUUCCCCACAGUAGCAAGUAGCCUACACCCCCAGCAUGGACAUUCCUGAAGUCCCCUAGGUGAGCCCCACAGGAUUCCUGAGCGUCUCUAGAAUAGUAUUCAGAGCUCAUACCCAGGGCUGGACCCCUGGGCGGCGGCCCCGCCUUGGUUCCCUGGGCACGGUGGGCGCAGGCACCAAAGCAACUCAAAUAUCCAGGGAAGAAGGAAGGACCAGAAAAGAAAACUUUCAGACACCUUCUCAAUGUGCAUUCUCAGCACCACCCGCUGGGGCAGUGGAUGGUGAGAGAUGAGGGCCCAGGUGAGGGAAACGAGCAACCCGGACAUGUGCCCGGGCUCCCUUAAUGAGGAGGCGGGUCGGGGGUGGCUGGCGUUACCCAAGCUCCGUGCUUGGCGGAGGUUACAUCCGCCUCCUUCGGAGCCAUGUCCUCUUACAAGCCCCAGUCCCACUAAUAAGCCAUUGACCUUGAGUUUGAGUCCGGGGGAACCCCAGGGGCCUUGUGACUUAACAGGAAGAAAUCCUCCUUGUUUUAGCAGCAAUCGUUUUUUUCUCCUCUGCCCGCCACACUGAUCAAAUUAACAGGCCGCUUCUCCCCGGAGAAAAUGUGUCCACAGGUCCCAUUUGCCUGUCUGAUGGGCUUAGGGAGGGAAGGCAGGGAAGUAUGUGUGUGUGCAUGUGCAGCUCCCCCUGCACCCCCUUCCCCCGUUCCCCGGGAGGGUCUCUCCCACCUGGGAUGGCUGCCCAGCCGGCGGCGAGACCACAGGGAGGGCAGGUGCUGGAGUCUCAGCUGCAGGAGGCCUGGCAGGAGGCUGCGUACACACUGCUGCCCACUGUGCCCUCACAGCUCAGGCUGCUGGUGGGACACUUGAAGGGUUUCA